GUUGCUGUGGUAGCGUCCGGGCGCCAUGUUAGAAGGCCGGAGGGGAAGAGGCGAGUGAAGCGGCAGCGGCGGCGGCCGGGCCCGGCACAGCCGCUCCCUCCUCUCCCGGGGCCUGGCCCCGGCCCGUGCCAUGGUCGCGGCUCCCGCCGCUCCGCGGGACGAGUGACCGGUCCGCAGGCGGCAGCGGUGGGGGAGGAGGAAGAAGAGGAGGGAGAAGGGGACGACGCGGCGGCGGUGGUGGCGGCGGCGGAGGAGGAGGAGGAGGGGCCGGGGAGACGAUGCCGUUUCCCGUUACAACCCAGGGAUCACAAACACAGCAACUACAGAAGCAUUAUGGCAUUACCUCACCUAUCAGUUUAGCUGCCCCCAAGGAGAUUGACUGCAUGCUUACCCAGAAAUUAAUCGAAACCCUGAAACCUUAUGGUGUAUUUGAAGAGGAAGAAGAGCUGCAACGCAGGAUUCUAAUUUUGGGAAAAUUAAAUAACUUGGUAAAGGAAUGGAUACGGGAAAUCAGUGAAAGCAAGAAUCUUCCACAAUCGGUAAUAGAAAACGUUGGAGGAAAAAUUUUUACAUUUGGAUCCUAUAGAUUAGGGGUUCAUACAAAAGGUGCUGAUAUUGAUGCCCUGUGUGUUGCACCAAGACAUGUUGAAAGAAGUGAUUUUUUCACAUCAUUUUAUGAGAAGCUAAAACAACAAGAAGAAGUGAAAGAUCUGAGGGCUGUUGAAGAAGCUUUUGUCCCAGUUAUUAAACUUUGUUUUGAUGGAAUAGAGAUUGAUAUUUUGUUUGCAAGAUUAGCACUGCAAACUAUUCCUGAGGACUUAGAUCUACGAGACGACAGCCUACUUAAAAAUUUAGACAUUAGAUGCAUACGAAGUCUUAAUGGUUGCCGGGUAACCGAUGAAAUUCUGCAUCUAGUACCAAACAUUGACAACUUCAGGUUAACACUGAGAGCUAUCAAACUGUGGGCAAAACGCCACAACAUCUAUUCCAAUAUACUAGGUUUCCUUGGCGGUGUGUCCUGGGCUAUGCUAGUAGCAAGAACUUGCCAGCUUUAUCCAAAUGCAAUAGCAUCAACUCUUGUACAUAAAUUUUUCUUGGUAUUUUCUAAAUGGGAAUGGCCAAAUCCAGUGCUAUUGAAACAGCCAGAAGAAUGCAAUCUUAAUUUGCCUGUAUGGGACCCAAGGGUAAACCCCAGUGAUAGGUACCAUCUUAUGCCUAUAAUUACACCAGCAUACCCACAGCAGAACUCUACGUACAAUGUGUCCGUUUCCACACGGAUGGUCAUGGUUGAGGAAUUUAAACAAGGUCUUGCUAUCACAGAUGAAAUUUUGCUGAGUAAGGCAGAGUGGUCCAAACUUUUUGAAGCUCCAAACUUCUUUCAGAAGUACAAGCAUUAUAUUGUACUCCUAGCAAGUGCACCGACAGAAAAACAGCGACUAGAAUGGGUGGGCUUGGUGGAAUCAAAAAUCCGUAUUCUAGUUGGAAACCUGGAGAAGAACGAAUUCAUUACACUGGCUCAUGUGAAUCCACAGUCAUUCCCAGCACCCAAGGAGAAUCCUGACAAGGAAGAAUACCGUACGAUGUGGGUGAUUGGGUUGGUGUUUAAGAAAACUGAAAACUCUGAAAAUUUAAGUGUUGAUCUUACCUACGACAUUCAGUCUUUUACAGACACAGUUUAUAGGCAAGCAAUAAACAGCAAGAUGUUUGAGAUGGAUAUGAAGAUUGCUGCAAGGCAUGUGAAACGUAGGCAACUUCACCAACUGCUACCUAAUCACGUGCUUCAGAAAAAGAAAAAGCACUCGACAGAAGGGAUCAGGUUGACAGCUCUGAAUGACAGCAGCCUAGACUUGUCUAUGGACAGUGAUAACAGCACGUCUGUGCCUUCGCCUACCAGUGCUAUGAAGACAAGUCCAUUGAACAGUUCUGGAAGUUCUCAGGGCAGAAGCAGUCCUGCGCCAGCUGUAACAGCAGCAUCUGUGACCAACACACAGGCUUCUGAAGUCACUGUGCCACAAAUAAAUUCCAGUGAAAGCUCAGGGGGUACUUCAAAUGAAAGCAUUCCUCAAACUGCCACACAACCAGCCAUUUCUCCACCACCAAAGCCUACCAUCUCUAGAAUUGUUCCCUCAGCGUAUCUAUUAAAUCCAUCACCAAGAAGUUCAGGAAAUGUUGCAACAAAAAUGCCUAGCCCUGUCGCAGCAGUGAAAAGGACAUCUUCUCCCCAUAAAGAAGAAUCUCCUAAGAAAAUUAAAAUUGAAGAGCAGGAUGAAAUAAGUGAAGAUACUAGCUGUAUAGAUUUGAAUGAACAUGAAAAAAUGGAAACUAAGGAGCAGAUUGAGACAGAAGUGAAUGUCAAUUCUCAAACAGAAACUCUUCAGACAACUUCUCUGCAAGCUCCUCAGAAAACACCCAGUACAGACCUUUCAGAUAUCCCUGCUCUUCCUGCAAAUCCUAUUCCUGUUAUCAAGAAUUCAAUAAAAUUGAGAUUGAACCGGUAAAAACCACCUCAGGGGUCCAUAAACAGUAUCUGCCAACUCAACCUGUUGUCUUCUAAUGCUAGAAAAAAAAGGAGAACGGAGGGUGCAAGACUAGAACAUAAUCGCAAAUGGAUUUAGGUAUAUGUUGUGCACUUCCCUUUCUGGACUAAAGUCGCCGCUUGAUUGGAAGUCCAGGUUAGUAUGUGAAGCCAGGAGUACAAUUAAUGUGUUAGCAACAGUUACAUUAAAUAUUUCAAAGGAUUACUGCCUUUAAAAACAUGAACACUAUUUGUAGCCAUAUUUGACAUUCUGAUUGAAUUUGUUUGAUGCAUUGUUUCAAAAUUGAGAUAAAACUGGCAUAAGAAUCCCUUAAAUGCACUUUUAUGUACUUUUUUAUUGGAGUAUGACUAAUUUUAGAUAUUUAGCUGAUAAAUUUCAUUUUAUUGAAGAAUCUCUUCAAUAGUAGUAAUUUGCAAAUUGGAUGACAUUCUGUGAUAUGCUAUACACUGAAAACCAAGUGUAUAGUAUGUUUAGUUCAACUGCCAUCAAGCAGCAGUAAGUCUUUAAAAUGAAAUGUCAAUCUUGGGGUCAUAAGAUGCAAGUUGAGGAAGUAAUUGGGAAGUUUUGGUAUUGGUGGGACAUGAUUAAGAUGUGGUCUACUUUUAUUUAUAGGAUUGUUUUAAGGUGCAUACAAAUCAGCAAUCAAAUAGUAAAUUUUCUUUUGAGCUAAUUGAACUCCUUGUUCCCUUUUUUUUAUCCCUUCAUUUCUUGGGGAAAGCUUUUGCAUUUAAUGUUGGGGUUUGUUUUUUUUUUUUCUUUUUUUUUUUGUUAAAGUUAUUUUUUCAGCUUGUAUGCACCAUAUAGAACAGUAGUUAUUUAUACAAAGUAAGAACAAGCCAUGUACUCAUUUGGGUUCCCCCCUCCCCCUUAUCUAGUUGUAAUACCUUGUGGCCUCUAGGCACAAAUUCAAAAUUUGUCCCAUGACUAAAGUGUUCAGGUCAAUAUUGUGUGCCUGUGAAAUACACCACCUGUCUUGAUGGCCUUUGAAUCACUAAAUAUGAUUUUUCUACACUCCAUAAAAGUCCCGUAUGCAUUAAAAAGCUUAAAGUUUUAAAUAAAGGCAAAAAGAUUUUUCCCUAAGAAUUUUAACCUUUUUAUUUUUAGAUAGUUCAUCACAAGCAGUUUUACAUACUGAACAACACCAAAUUUUUAAAAAUCAUAUUUCUAGUAAGCACUUGACAUCUAGUAAGCUCUCUUACUCCUAUUUUUUUUGUUCUUGUAGUCCUAUUAAAAAAAUAACGUUUUCUUUUGAAAGAACUGAAGCUCUCAUGACAAAGAACAGCAGUAUUUGAGGAACAUGAGGGAUACCAACAGUAAUACCAGAUGUAGAUAACAAACUUCAUGUUACUAUUACUUAAGUCUGAAAUAUGUGGGAUGUCAAAUCAUACUUCCCAUACUUUGAUUAGCAUGUUUUAUGAACUUCCCUUCUCCCAUUGUGCUCCAUCCUAUUACACAUGCAUCUUUCAUGUUACAAGUUAAAUUACUUACACUCUUCCCCUUAUCCUUCUAAAUUAAUUCUCCAAAGUCAGAGUGUAGCUUAUCUUUUACUUAGGCUGUGCAGUAACUGAAGGGUUUUUUUUUUUUUUGCCAUUUGUCUAAGAUGUCUAGUAUACAAUAUUUCUCUUUUCCUUGCCCUGUGCAGCCUGCUGUCGUCCACCCCCCAAAGAAGGUUAUAUCUUAACAGUUGAAGUGUACAAGCUGUCUGUGUAUUUUGUGUAGCUAUGGAGUUUAGAUCGAAAUUGCCAGGCACAAAUUUAGUCUUGUCAUUUUGUUUACACAUCGGAAAAUCUUUUUCAUUUUAUUAAACGUUUCAUGUAACUGCACCCAAGUUUUGCCAAGCUGGAAACUUGGAACCUUUCUGUAUAGUGACUUUUUAAUUCUAGUUUUCAUAACCUGGAGAUCAGACUGUUGCUUUCGCAUGAUGUACGUAGUGUCUCAUGACUGGAGUUUGCUUUGUUUUAUAGUAUCUGUACUCCUUGUAUUUUUCAAGAGCUAUUUUGUAAACAGAUGAUGUAUUUCUCCAUUGAAAACACAAUAAAAAACAGCACAAUCCCA